CUGCUUGACCGGUUGCCCAAUAAACUACAAAAAUAAAUUAAUUUUUUUAUCUAAAGGAAAAAUUGAAAUUAAUUCGAAAGCAAACAUCUUUAAUAAAUCAAAGGUUAUGUUCUCUUUUGAAUGCCUUAAACCCUGAAUUCUUUGAUCACUAUAUUAUGUCUAUUAAUUAUCAGGGUUCGUGAAGAAUCUUGAUUCCUGACUUACCCUUUUCUUCUCUUCAAUUAAAGGACGCAUGUCUAGCCCUGGUGACAGAAGUGGUAGCGAAUGGAUAGAGAGAAUCAAAUCAGAGGGAGCUGUGCCACUACUUGAACCAGAUGACUGUCCAAAUGGUUGGGCUUCUCCACCUGGAGACACAUUCAUGGUAAGAGGUCCAGACUACUUGACGACCAAGGUUAAAAUCCCUGCUGGAGAUUAUCUUCUGAAGCCUAUUGGAUUUGACUGGAUUAAAAGUUCUACCAAGAUUGGGGAAGUUUUGAAAAAUCCAAACAGCCGUGUGAGGAAGGUUAUUGAUGAUCAGUUUCAGACAGGUGAUAAGCCUUUUGUUUGGGCAUUCAAUUUACAAGUUCCUAGUAAGGAUAAUUUUAGUGCCGUGGCCUAUUUUGUUGCCACAGAACCUGUUACAGAGGGAACUUUGAUGGAUCAGUUCUUGAAAGGGGACGAUGCAUUUAGAAAUUCAAGGCUUAAGCUGAUUGCAAACAUUGUCAAAGGCCCCUGGAUUGUUAGAAAGGCAGUUGGGGAGCAGGCUGUGUGCAUAAUUGGGCGUGCCCUUACCUGUAAAUACUGUGUAGCUGAGGAUUUUAUAGAAGUAGAUGUGGAUAUAGGUUCAUCUGUGGUUGCAAGUGCAAUAGUUCAUCUUGCGUUUGGUUACAUCACAAUGCUAACUGUAGACAUAGCUUUUGUCAUUGAGGGUCAAACUGAGUCUGAGCUUCCAGAAAAACUCUUAGGUGCUUUCAGAUUCUCUGAUCUUAACCCUGCUUCUGCUCAUUCAUUUGAGCCAUCACCUUAUGGAAGUUCUGAUAGUUUGCAGUCCUCAUUGCCAACACGUUUGUGGAAGUCUCUUGGACAAGGGUUCUCUCAACUUCUUCAUCCAGGUGCGCAAGAGAGUGGUUCUACCACUGACUCAGCCCAUGUUAAUGGAAAUUCCAAUCAUGAAGACCACAGUGAAUAUGUGAAGAAAUGGUAAGGAGUUGUUAUUUAUGAUUUCUUUUGAGACACGCAUACAUUUGAGCUAGUAAAAUUUCAAUUUCAGUUCACUCUGAAACUAGAGUUCAUGGAAAGACCUUUGACAAAAUCCUUUGUGUUAAUUUGCUGCUGAAGGAGGUUAUUAUGAUCUCCAAAAUGAGACUUCUUAUGUUUAAGAAAUAAACUAACUAUACAUGCUGACUAGUGUCCUACCACAUGAAUAAAUCAAAACUAGUCGUAUAGUUAUUCGUGUCGUA